UAUCAUCCCCUUACGCGUGUCUAUUGCCAGUGUUGUUGGAGCAAUCACGUUUAUAUCAUUUUCCGCCUACAUUGUCACCAACUUCCUUCCGAUCUUAUAUCCCUCAUGCCCUUACAAGACUCCGCUGUCACAAUACAUAUUCUCUCUCUGCACCUAUAUGGGGCGAACUCCUGGGAUCUCCACCGUUCGCACACUAAGGGAGGCUGAACGUACGGCUGUCGACAAUUCUGCCGACGAAAUGGAUGUGCAAGCACUUGCUUGGCUCAUUAACGUGUCGUCGAAUCCCAGCGUGGAGAACAUUGUGAUACAAUCCAUGAGUGCUUUGCCGCUCAAGUCUGUGGAUUCUUUCAAGUGCUGUAUAGACCAUACGAAUGUCCCUUUGGCAUGUACUCAAGCUCUUGAACCCCUUCUUCGCGAACCAGAUGUAUCUGUGCACGAAAGUAAAGUGGACCGUCUCAUUCGAGCCAAGCUCCGCUUCACAAGCUCUCCUGAUAUUCUUGGAGUGCCACAACCCGCCAAAGACUGCUUCUCCCCUACCCUCUACGCAGAGCUUCUGUGUAUUCACCCAAAUUCUCGAGAGGAGAUCCGGGAACUGGUCAUAUCCAACCUGAAAGCCGUAGACAAUGACCCUACAGCUCUUCACCUACAGCCCAUAGUAUGGGCACACCUCCUUCAGCAAGUCUCAUACUACGUCCCUGAUAACCUUGAAGUAAUGCAGAUGUUGUUCACUGUGAUACCAUCGUUCUAUUGGAAGGCCCACUAUGUUCCCAUUACCUAUGCCCUCGAGACUUUCGGAAUGAAAAUCUCCUACGGAUCCGGCGAUGGCGAAGUGACCCUUCGGAUGGCGAUUCAGAGGUCUUUGUACAUAUAUGUCGCUGAGGAAAUACUUCACCGUCACAUGCGUUCUGAGCCCAUCAUUUUCCGCCAGAAUGACAGCGACGUACUUUCCUAUCAGUAUUCGCGACUCCGUCUUCUCUUGAGCAUGGCCGGCUCACGCUCUAUGCGAAGCAUGCCCGUCUCUCCCUUUACUUCUAAUCAAAGUUUGUUCAUCAAGAUAGUGCGAGGCAUUGGUGACUUCCUGGGUAUUGCAUCACCGGACAAGGCUACAGCUGCUGUCCCCCUGGACGAUAUCGAUAAUCGUUCAACUGUCCUGAUAUCUCUAUACACACUGAUCUCGUCCUUUGAAUUUGACCGUCCUUUAACCCCUUACGAGCAAACAUUUGCCUUAACGAUGUUCUUUCGUGUUCUAAAUUCCACGUUCCCUCAUCCAUCAAUCCUCGAGAAAAAUUGGUGCAUGCCGCAACUGGCCACUAAAUCUGUCCGAAUCGCUUUGAAGGAUUUUCGUAAUCCUACCCAUGAACUCGGUACCUAUUUUUUCCAGCACACUUCUUUCACGAACGAGGCAUUGGCUUCUUUUGUAUCGAGUCUCUUUGAACAACUGCGUACAGAGAUCGCCAAUAGUGCUCUACGGACAUUUUUGCGCCUGAUCAUCACCGGGCUGGGAUCCGAAGAUUUGGGUGUUCAUAUACGCCAGAAAUCAUUGGAAUACUUGCAUGAGCCUGACAAUCUGUUCACCUCUUGCACUGCCCUCAUUCGGUGGGAUGACACCAAGACUCUUCGUCGUCUCGCUCUCCUCCAUCCGGCAGCCGCCGCCUGGCUCGGCUGUCUACAGCGGCUGGAAGACUCUGGAAUAGAAGAAUCACUAGUCAUCGAUUUCAAGGCGUUUAUCCAAGCUGGGCGUGUGGGUGCAUUUGGGGAGGAUGACACGGCAUCUUCCAGUUCUGUAGGAUCAUCUCAGGGAGAAAGCGACAACUCUCUGCAGCAUCCCUGGUCAACGGUGUGGCAUAGGGUCCAGCGGUUUCUUGCAGGAAAGCCUAGUCGUGAGAUAGAAUCAUCGAGUAAUGACAACAGAGUGUAGUCCUAUGUAAUGUCCUGACGAUUUUAUGCUAAAUAACAUUUCAGAGAGCGUGCGCAGC